AUGUCAUCUCAAAUGUUGCUACAUGAUGAUCAUGAUUCUUUGAAGUAUAAAUAUCUUCUCAGAAUUAUUCUUAUUUGUCCACGACACAUGCAUAUUAAUAUUGAGGAUAUCCAUUCUAGUGGAAAAGAGAUGAGUGGGAAAUUUUGUUGUUUGUUGGCUGCAGUAAGAUGUGUAAAGUUUACUAAAUUAAUAAAAACUAAAAUUGGCAAGAAAGCGUUCUUAAAAGAAAUUAUUGUCAUGGACAAAACAUACCCAACACUUGUAGUAAGAAUUUGGGAUAAGGAACUAUCAGAAAGAGCUGCACAAUGGUUACCAAAAAAAACAAUCUUGUCUUUCUCAAAUUUAUUCUUGAAAUGGAAUGUUUUUAAAAGAAGCAUGACAGCUGUUGUUUCCAAUAAAACAAUUAUUACCGAAGAUUCAAUUACAAAUGAAGCUAACGAUUUAAAAAAUUAUGCAAAUACACACUUGACUGGCCUGUCUACUAAAUUAAACAUUAACAUUCCCGAUUUGUCAACUAUAACGGACAUUAUGACUUGUAAACGAGUUUUAGUCAAGUCUAAUGAAAUUAGAAGACAACUUACAGCUAUCUUAUAUGCAAUUGUGAGCAAAUUUAAUAUUGAUGGAUUAUCUCCAUUGGUUUUAACUAAGUGGCAAGUAAUUUUAUUAUUCUAA